AUGCAGCUGCCAAAUAAGACCAUUAAUGCUGAAUUUCAAAUUCUUGGAUUCUCUAUUUUUAUGUCCAUGCCUAUUGUGUCUUUCUUUGUCUUAUUAACCAUUUACAUCUUCAACUUGCUUGGAAACCUUCUCAUCAUCAUAAUUACCAGAAUUAGUUCACAUCUUAACAAGCCAAUGUAUUUCUUCAUUUGUAAUCUUUCCAUUGUAGAUAUUGGUUUUACUUCAGUAACAUUACCCAAAAUGCUGGCUAUCAUUGCCUCUCAGAAAAAUACCAUCUCCUUUGUUGGUUGCAUAACUCAGAUGUAUUUUUUCUUAGCUAUUGGAGUCACUGAGUCUUUCUUACUUGCACUAAUGUCUUAUGAUCGGUAUAUUGCCAUUUGCCGUCCAUUGAGAUACUUUGUUAUAAUGAAAACUGAUGACUGCACAUGUAUGGUCCUCGGAUGUUGGCUAUGUGGACUUCUCAGUGUUUUGCUUCCAGUAAUAAUAAUCUCUAGAUUGCCUUUUUGUAAUUCUUAUACAAUUAAUCAUUUCUUCUGUGAUAUUUCACCUGUAAUUCAGCUCUCCUGCAGUGAUAUCCAUAAUCUUGAAAUGUUUAUUUUUUUCACAGCAAUUGUUGUCAUCCUGGGAACCUUUUCAAUUAUUGUUCUAUCCUAUAUGCUUAUCUUACAGAACAUUUUGCAUAUUCCCUCAUCCACUGGGAAAAGUAAAACAUUUUCUACCUGUGCUUCCCAUCUUACUGCUGUUAUGCUUUAUUAUGGGACCAUUAUUUUUAUGUACAUUAGACCCAAGUCCAAAAGUAACCUGGAUUUGGAUAAACAAACCUCUGUGUUUUAUUCUAUAAUAACUCCAACACUGAACCCCAUGGUCUACAGCCUCAGAAAUCGUGAGAUGAAAUAUGCCUUGAUUAAAUUAUUCAGAAGACAACAAUAUUUUUCAUGCAAUAUAAAGUUUUGA